AUGGCGACUGCCAGGCUCGCAGCGGGCGGCAGCACAGCUUUGCCGUCUUUCUGGUCCACAUCUCCAUUUCUCCCUGCAGGCUCAUCUGUCCAGUUUUUCAGGCGAACGAACCGGUUCGUUUCUCCUCGGAUAUCGUGUCUAGGGCAGGUUGCGCCUGUCCGACAUGAUCUAAACACUGUGCCGUUGCACCAUCAAAGAAGCCGAAUGGGUCUCUCUGUCUCUCUCCGGUCCUUCUCUGCGUCUGCGUCUUCAACGUGGGAGACCUCUCGAGCUCCCCCCUCGACUGAGGGCGACUCUCUCUCCCCUCCUCCCGCCUCUCCCGCCUCUCCCGUCUCUUCUUCCCGUUUGUCUUCUUCCUCCUCGACGUCGUCUUCCUCUUCUUCUGCUUCGUCCUCUUCUUCUGCCUCGGCGUCUCCGCCUUCUGCGGGGGAUCCGGCGUUUCCUGCAGAGCGUCUUCACUCGUUGUUUGCGAGAGCAGAUGUCCUGGCGCAUCUGCUGCACUCUCGGCUCGCGCUGCCUCUGCUGUAUCCGCUGAACAGUGGGGGAGCUCUGACGAAUCCCCUGAACUCUGCCGCCUCUCCAGACUCGCCAGCGGCGCUGAACUCCAUCGCCACAAGCAGGUGGAAGAGAGAAGAAGUGAUGAGUGCCCUAGCCACAGUGACGCCCCUCGUUCUCGCGGCCACGAGCGUCAGCCGAUUUCUCAAGACCGCGCAUGCACUCUCCUACUUCGCUGGACCUGCCUGUGCCGCAGCUUCAGGCCCAAGAGACAGACGGAGACGGGAAGCCGGAGGCGAGAGACGCCAGGGACAGGCUCUCGGCCGCUCCAGAGUCCACUUUCUCCGUCCGCAGCUCUGGCGGGUGCUGAAGCCUGGAGAGGAAAGGACAACCAAACAUCUGAAGUGGCGAUAAGCACUGUCAAGAAAACAGCGUUUUAUGUACUCCUGGGAAGUCCUGUUUGGCGUGUGUGACAGGGGGUCUCUCUUGCUGGUCUUGAUAUA